CUUCCUCUGCCCCGAGCCCGCAGCACCGACAGCGCACAGCCCCGCACGGCCCCCAGCCCGCCCGCAACCUGCGCUCACACAGUCCCCCCACACAGCCCGGCCUCCCCUCGCUCCCGAGCCCGACUCUGCCUCACACCGAACUGCUGCGGGCUGCGCCUCUGCCAGCGCCUCUCGCUCUCCGGCCACGGCUGCUGCUGCUGCUCUCAGCCGGCUUUGCAAAGCACAGAGCUGCUCCUUGAGAGCACCAGGGCUGGGAGCUGACCAAGGAGCUGCACUGGCAGGCACGCAGGGCCUAAUUCAUGGAGUUUUGUCGCAUCAAAAGGUCAAGGGGUGAGAGGGGUUUGCAGUGAGGUUUUCCAAGGCAACAGAGGAAUCUCCAUCUCUAUCUCUGCAGAAUUGUCCCUAUUCCAUCCUGCAAAGUCAAUAGAAGAAGCAUUGUCUCAGGGAUGGGUAGCACAGGUGUACUUUCAAUCGCACUCGAAUUUGGAAUUCACUUCUCUCCAUUUUCUUCUCUUUCUCCGAUUUCCCCAAACACCUAUGGAUGUGCAUUCAGCAUCUUCCUGAAACAGUAGAACAUCUGGGAGGGAAAGCAAUAAAUUUGUGGGAGUAGAGGAGCAUUUCAAAUUCCCUGAGGACCCUGUCAUGUUAGUAUUCUCUCCAGCAUCGUGAAUAAAUGCCAGGAUUUGGCAAUGCUGCAAGUGUUGCAGAGAGACACAUGAAAGACUAAACUCCACAUGAUGUUUCCCUCCAGAGAGUUGCUCUAGAGCCCCCCUUUCCUUUUGGGGACAGGAGCAUUUCAGUAUCUUCAGGAGCUCCUUGGGCUGAUAAAGUUCAGCAGAGGCCACUUUCAGAUCAUGUGAAAGGCGAGAGUGUCUGGUGCUCUAAGGCUCACAUCACUUCCAUUUCCCUUUCCAAGGGAAGGCCAAGGAAAAGGGAAAGUGAUGAACACAGCACACAAUGACUCCAAUCUGGCAGUAGGUGAUAAGGGAGAGAAAGAGAGAGCUCAGAGCUCUCCAGCUUCUAAUUGAUGGGCCAUUAGGGAACUGCUGUGAAUUGGCUCAGGCUGAGCUGUGUCAGUGACAAGAAGGGACAAGAGGAACAUGAGGAUAAUGGAGGUUUGAGGGGGUCGUGUGGAAUUAGGGAGCACUCACCAAGGAAUGCUUGUGAGGCUGUGCAGUCCCCAGCCAUCGGGUUCUCCAAAAGCCAUCUGCAUUUGGAGAUUAGCAGGGACCGCAGAGAGCUGAGGACACCUCGGGAGGGUGAGAAACCUCAGCGGGAGAGAAGCCCCGGAGCUCCCGAAUGCCCAUUCCUGGGUGUGCAGCAGAGCUGGCCGUUGCAGCUGCGGAGGAGAGGACUGCACUGCGAGCUGCGCGGGAACAGCCCCUUGCCAUCACUCAGGCCCCACGGGCACGGGAUGCUCACAAUGCCAAUGGCUGAGGGUGCCUCGGGGGCUGCUGCUGGAGGAGCCAGAAACGCACAAGGAGCAUUUGAGGCACGGCAAGGACAGCUCCUGGCUCUGCCUGCUCCCGCCGCCUCUCCCUUUGCUCCCGCCGAGAGUGGUUUCCGGCAGCUCCGUUCUCUCUCGGGGCUGGGACUCCGGCAGCUCUGUUCUCUCUCGGGGCUGGGACUCCGGCAGCUCUGUUCUCUCUCGGGCCUGGGACGUGCUUUCUGCCUCUGCCUCACUCAGCAAACACUUGGUCACUCAGCAGCUUGCUCUCGGCAUGCACCUGGCAUAUCUCAUCCUCACCGUCUUCCUGGGCCAGCUCCUGGGCUCCACGGGGCAGGACAUGGUCACCCAGGAAGAUGGAGCAGUCACGCUGAAGCAGGGACAGCCCUUCCACACCACCUGCAAAUACCACAGCAGUUAUUUUAAUGCCUUGCUCUGGUACCAGCUGAGGAAAGGCCAAGCCCCACAGCUGAUCUCCUAUCAAGCAGGGACUGGCCCCAGGCCCAGUGGCCGAAUCACCACAUACCUGAACACCACGAGCAAAUCCAGUGUCCUGCGGCUGGAGGAAGUGGAGCUCUCUGACACUGCCUUGUACCUCUGUGCUGUGCAAGACACCCUGGUGCAGAGAGCUUCCUCAGCUGUGCAACAACCCAGGGCAGGGAGGGGACGUGUCAGUGCAAGGCUGAGCUUGGGGAAGGACCCUGAUGGCACCCCAGUGCUCACCAGAAUUUGCAUCCACACGUGUGUACAAUGGUCUGAUGGUUUUGAUUACGUCCAUCCUGACACUCCCCUUGGGAAAGGAUUUUGGACUACUUUGACUCAUUUCCAUCCUAUUGUGCAGUCUGUAAGGAAAGAAAAAUAUCCCCUGUGCUUGCCUGGGACCUUGUCCAUCCACGCUCCAGCCCUGCUGCCUUUGGCCCCACAUGUCCUCAGCAGAGCCCAGGCCUUGUUGUGUGUUGCUGCCUGGGGUUCCCUUGGAGCAGCCCCGUUUGCAUGGACACACGUGAAGCACGGAUUUGUCUGUGGCUCCCCACUGGACAGCACGGCCCUGUGUGUGUCCCUGAUCGGGAGGGAAUGUCCUGACCAUGGCAGGGACAGCGAGCACUGUCCUGGCCCUGAACAGCAGAGAGCAGCAGCUGCCCAGGCUCACAAACAGCCUGAGAGCGGCUGA